CCGCCCCCGCCGCAUCAAAAGCCCGAAAAUGUCCUGAAGCGCGCCCACGAGCUGAUCGGGGUCAACCAGGCCCCGACGGCCUUGACCCUGCUCCAUGAGCACAUCACCAACAAGCGCUCCCGAAGCGCUGCCAUCGCCUCUCUCGAGCCGGUUAUGCUCCUGUUGGUUGAGCUCUCCGUCGAACAGAAGAAGGGAAAGCUGGCCAAGGAUGCCCUGUACCAGUACAAGAAUCUCUCUCAGAACACCAACAUUUCGACUAUUGAGCUGGUCCUGAAAAAGUUUAUCGAACUCGCGGUGGAGAAGGUUACUGCUGCGCAGCAGAAGGCGGACGAAGUUCAAUCUACCAUUGAGGCUACGGCUGCUACCUCCAACAUUGACGACCUGGAAGCCAGCGAGACCCCCGAGUCCAUCCUCCUCGCCACCGUCUCUGGCGAGCAAUCUCGUGAUCGAACCGACCGUGCCAUCGUCACCCCUUGGCUCAAGUUCCUUUGGGAGGCUUACCGAACCGUCCUUGACAUUCUCCGCAACAAUGCUCGCCUCGAGGUGUUGUACCAGAGCACUGCCAUGCAGGCUUUCGACUUCUGCCUCAAGUACACCCGAAAGACCGAGUUCCGAAGACUCUGCGAGCUUCUCCGAAACCACGUCCAGACGGCGGCCAAGUACUCGUCUCAGAUGCACGCCAUCAACCUGAGUGACCCCGACACCCUCCAGCGCCACCUGGAGACUCGUUUCCAGCAGCUCAAUGUUGCCGUCGAGCUGGAACUCUGGCAGGAGGCUUUCCGAAGUGUCGAGGAUAUCCACACUCUGCUCAACCUCAGCAAGCGACCCCCCAAGAACAUCAUGAUGGCCAACUAUUACGAGAAGCUCACUCGAAUUUUCCUCGUUGGCGAGAACUACCUCUUCCACGCUGCUGCCUGGUCCAGAUACUACACCCUGCUGCGCCAGGUUUCGGCUUUGGUCGCCUCUGGCCAGGGAAAGAAGGCUGAUAACCCCCCAGCCUCUGAUGCUGAUCUCCAGAGGGCCGCCUCUUUUGUUCUCCUGUCUGCCCUCGCCAUCCCUGUCAUCAGCACCUCCCGAUCCCGAGGUGCCAUGGUCGACUUCGAUGAGGCCCGCAAGAACAAGAACACUCGCUUGACCACCCUUCUUGGCAUGAGCCAGGCCCCAUCUCGCUCUCGACUGUUCCGUGAUGCCAUGUCCAAGUCUAUUCUCCAGCGAUCUGCUCCUGAGAUUCGCGAUCUCUACAACAUCUUGGAGGUUGAUUUCCACCCUCUCUUCAUCUGCAAGAAGAUUUCGCCCAUCCUGACCAAGAUUGCUGCCGAUGCCGAGAUGGAGAAAUACAUUCUCCCUCUCCAACAGGUCAUUCUCACUCGUCUGUUCCAGCAGCUUUCUCAGGUCUACGAGACUGUCGACCUCAGCUUUGUCGAGAGCUUGGCUCAGUUCCCUGAGCCUUACCAGGUCACUCGCGGCACCAUCGAGAAGUUCAUCAUGAACGGAAACAAGAAGGGUGAUCUUGCCAUCCGAAUGGACCAUGCUACUGGCGUCCUCAGCUUCGACAACGAUGUCUUCUCAUCAGCCAAGGCUGGACACAGCGGAUCAUCUGCCGGCUCCGCUGAGGCUGAUGGCGGCAACGUUCAGCGUCUGCAGAGCACUCCUUCUGAGAUUGUGCGCUCUCAGCUGACUCGACUUGCCAAGUCACUUUUCGUUUCAUGCCACUACAUUGAUCCCAACUUUAACAAGGAUCGUUUAGCGGCUCAUGACGCUGCUCUCGCCCGCGCAAAGGCUGGUGCUGAGAAGGAGCAUAUUGAGACUCUUGCACGCAAGGAAAUCAUCCAGAAGCGCAAGGAUGAGGCAUCUGAGAUCCAAGCUAAGAAGGAGAAGGAGAAUGCCCGACAGAAGAAGCUGCGAGAGCAAGCUCUGCAGGAAGCUGAAGAUAAGCGACUUGCUGAGGAGCAGCGUGAGCGUGAGGCCCGACGCAUCAAGGCCGAGCAUGACCGCGUUCGUAAAGAGGAGAUUAAGAAGCAGAUUGCUGACCUCAAGAUGAGCGGCGAGGCUCUGAAUAUUGAUCUGGAUGAUAUCGACAACCUGGACAGCAACAGACUUCGUGCUAUGAAGCUGGCUCAGCUGGAGCGGGAGAAGAAUGAUGUCAGCGAGAAGCUACGCAUUACUGGCAAGCGACUUGACCAUUUGGAGCGAGCUUACCGAAAGGAAGAAGUUAAGAAGCUCACCGACGACUACAAUAAGCAGACCGAGCGUGAUCGCAAGAUUUAUGAAGCAGUCAAGGCCAAGACCCUCAAAGAGGCUGAAGAGAAGCACAAGGAGAGUGUCGAACUCAAGCACCGUCUUAGCCGUCUGGUACCUCUAUAUGAAAGCUUCAGAUCAUCGCUGCACGAGAGACGCCGCGAUGAGUUUGAGAAGCGCCGCAGGGAUGCUGAGCGCGAGCUCGAGAAGCAGAUUGCCAUCCGCAAGAAGGAAUACCGUGACCGCAAGCUGCGCGAGAAGAGAGAGCGAGAAGAGAGAGAGCGUGUCCUCCGAGAGCAAGAGGAACAAGCCGCUCGUGAGAAGGAGGAACAGCGUCUACGCGACGAGGCUAGGAAGGCUGAACUUGCUAAGCUCAAGGAACAGCGCGAGAAGGAACGCCAGGAGAUGUUGGAGAAGGCCGCACUUCAGCAGAGACGUGAGGAAGAAGCACUUGCCCGUCGUAAAGCAGAAAAGGAGCGACAGCCUCCUCCUGCUGCUGCCGCCGGUGGAGAGGGCCGACGACCCCUCUUUGGAUCUGGCGGCGGCGGCGGCGGCUGGCGAGAGAAGGAGCGUGAGAGAGAGUCCGCCAGAGAAUCCGCAGACGGCGGUGCUCCGGCACGGACAGAGUCUGGCGAUCGCCCAUCUGGCGGCCCGCCGAGACUGCAGUUGGCUGGCUCCGGCAGCAAGCCAAGCUGGAGAGACCGACAAGCAGCCAAGGAAGGCGGUGAAGCAGACGACAAUGCCCCCCCUCCGGCCAGAGGUCCUCCCCCUCGUGACUCUCGCGACUCUCGUGAUUUCCGUGACGCUCGCAGCUCUCCCCGCGACUCUCCUCGUGAUUCUCCUCGUGACUCUCCUCGCGAGGACUCAAGACGGGGCGAGAACGGCAAGACUGAGUCCGCUGCCGCUCCUACAGAGAGCCUGCCUACCCGAACCUCUGGCAAGUGGGUUCCUCCUCACCUGAGGAACAAGUCAUGA